AACUAACCCCAAGAGAGUGCACGAUUCCUCAUCGAGGCCAAUCCGGGGCAGCCAGAAAAUUGCGACCGAACAGACAAAUUGGCAGGAAGGGAGUGGACCGAACCACGUUGAUGAGGGAUUAUUUAGUCCCACGAUGCAAGCCCCUCAGGAGAUGUGCAUGGCGAUGGUACCCGACAGAGAGGAGGCCGACACUUUCGGGGCGGAAGAACGAUGAUACGCUCUACUCCACGGCCAUGCUGCCUUUCCAACAACCGUAUUUACCUCUCUGUUAUCCAAACUCUUGUACCUUGAUGAAACUCCACGGGUCUGGCCAUCUGACUGAGCGUUGAAAUUGGAACAGCCCAAUGGAGACGUUACCAGCGCUCAUCCUCAGAGUCACUGUCGUUUCUCAUUCCACCUAGGCCAUCCUUACAAACAUCCAUUACCUCGGCAUGUCGGUGACCAUUCGUUCCGAGAUCGUGGAUCUUGAUGGGUUGAUCCCUAGAGCAGUGGGGAAAGAAUAUGAAGACAUGGAUGUGGCGGGGUUGAUCCCUUGGGUAUUUCGGAACAGCGAUGUCGCGACAAAGGAGUGCACUGGAAAGUGGCCGCAAGACGAACUGAGCUUCAGAGCGUUCUUCUACGAUCUUGGCUCCUACUUCAAUGGGCUGCAGGGCCCUAACGUUGGGAUCAUGGAUUUCCUAACGGCUCUGUCGACAAUUAACCUGCCCAAGACGAGCUGGGAGGUUCCGGGGCGAGAGUCUCACAAGACCUUCAUACGAUCACAGGGCUUGAUAUUGAAGGCACUGGUGAGGACCAUUUACUUUAACCUUGAAUAUGUCGGCGAACCCAUUCCUCGAGUCAAGUUUGAUUCCGAGGUGAUGCAGAAGUAUGUUAUGGGUGGUAAACGAUUCGCGUCCAAAUCAGAGGGCGCUGCCACCGUGAAGCUCCAAGAAGGCCACGUGCCUAUCCUUUCUUUCACCGGUUGGUAUGAGGGACAGACCUGGGACCAGUUUCUGGCGGAAACCCUAAGCAUAAUGCUCGGGCAGCUGGCCAAAAACAUCACCCUGCAUAGCGGCCAUGCUGGGCCUCAGGACCAGGAAGUCUUUGUCGUCGGGUUUCACGGACGCUAUGUUCAUAUCGCCCAUGGGCUUUUCCUAGCCGAUACCAUCAUGCGAGUACAUUCAGAAGGAUGCACCGCGGAUGAAGUAUUCGCUUUGAAAUUUUCUCGAGGCUACGAUUUAUGCCUGAAGGAGGACUGGCUGGAAGCCAUGCGUGCUCUAGCCCGGCUGUUUAGGUACCUCUUUAGCGGCAAUGCGAAAGUUGGUGCUAUACAAGCCUACCUGGAAACGAGAAGGGCCGCUGCUGCUGCGAAAAUGGGGCUCGAGAUAUAGACAUGCCGGCGCUCUUCGCUUUUCUCUUC